AUGACGGCAGCAUCAUCGGGCGCCGUUCCGCCUAAAGAUGGUAGCCCGGCCCCGACCAGCUUAAAAGCACCACCGACCUCCAGCACUAACCCCGAGUCCGUCACAUCCACCAGCAGUAAGCCUCCUAGCUCACCUCGUGCGACUUCACCAUCAUCGGCGCCUCGCCGGACCACCCGUCCCGUAUCAUCCGAUUUCUUGUCCGAUAAGGCCACUGCUACGUUCAUACGCCGUGUGCUUUGCGCCCAGCACCUGGCGGAUAGGGGGAGGAGUUCGCCUGCGCCAAUUCAAGAUUUACUACCGCCUCUUACAAGUCGAAAUGACGUGGAUCUUCAACUAUAUGCCCUGAUAGCUAUCAUCAUUAAGGAGUUUGUCCAAAAUUGGUACACCAAGAUUACUCCAGAUGAGACAUUCGUUGCCGAAAUCGUACAGAUCAUUGCGCAUUGUACUCGCGCAUUAGAGGAGAGGUUGCGGAAUGUAGACCUUGAGAGUCUUCUGUUCGAUGAACUGCCAGAACUGCUAGACGCACAUAUCCGAGCAUAUCGAGUAGCAAAGAACACAGUAGCCAGACCACCAAUCGAGGCCAAUCCACGCGAGAUCUACCAUUCGCUCUGGCCACUACCUGCCCUGUCACCGGUUCCUAAGUCGGGACACAGCAGUAUACAGGUUCAAGCAGACAACGAGAGUGCAUACCGCCAACUAUUAGUGCAAGGCGUUCUCGCCCUCUUGCUUCCAACCGAGGAUCUCGAGAACGAGUGCCUAACAACGCUGGUUGGCCAAUUGUUCUCUGAACUUAUCAUAGGCAAUCUCAUCAUCAACAAGCUCUCGGAGCCAUGGCUUUUAUGGGAAGGUCUAAUUAUACUAACGAGGACAGUGCGUGCGAGAGGCACAGCAGAGGCGUCUGAGCCCGGAGGCAUGGAACCAGGUGUGAAUCUAAAGACCAGCGGCGGCACGGUUCCAUCGAUUACGGCCAAACAUGGUCUGUACAUUCAGCAGGUCUUUUGGACCGUAAUUCAGUGGGGGUUCGUUAUAGUAAACUUGAUACGGAUGUUUAUCAGUACGAUAAUGCUUUCCCGAACACUCCCUCCCAGGUCUAUCCCUACCAUUCGCCAGAUAGAUCCAACAUCCCAUGAUCAUGGAGAGAAAUGCUACCAUCCUCCAACCCCAGAGGCCGGUCGACAACCGGCCAAUGUUCCCAUCACCAACUUCAAACUCUGGACUUGCGUUGGGAAUUUACUCGAAAUAGACGCUCGCAUGCCCUGGACGAGCGGAGCUUUGUCUAUGGUGCAAUGGGGAGCUCUGAGAGGUCCAGGCAACCUGGCAGGGUUUAACGGGAUGAUCGAUAGACUUCUUUCGCACUACAUCCACGUCUAUGUUCUCGAUCCUGCCCGUCUUCCCCCACUCCUUCGAGCCGUGCGCGGCGCUGUCUUCCCCAAUAACGCCCCAGGCUCAUCCAGCCUGAUCCCCCCUUCGUCUGACGAGCAGCUGGGCGCCCUACGACGCAGAUGCGCUAGCGCGCUUUUGGCGCUUGUUCCGAAGAGGGUGGGCAGGCUUUAUUAUGGUAGCAGUACCUGGCCUUGGUCCACCAGAUCUGCUAAUCCUCUUUCAAGUGCGAGGUCGCGGUCCGGACCGUUUAAGGCCGACAGCUAUAACACGGCACAUAAUACCAACCGCACUGGAGAGGAAGUUACAGGCGUGCGGCUUACCGAUGAGGCCAAAUAUGUUAGAGACAGCCAUGUAACGUUGACCCCAGAAAGAUCAAAGCGGCAAUUUGGAGACACCGGUGUGCCGCCGACCGAGGCCGGUGGCGACAAGCGGGCUGACAUGUGUAUCAGAGAUGAAGAUGAGGACGGGGAUGAGGAUAGGGACAGAAUUCUAUGCGAAAUCGAGACGGGCAUUCUCGAUGUCUUCUCAGAUCCCUAUUGUAACAAGCACCUAUUGUAUGGGAUCCUAGAACUUAUUCUCGUGCGCCUCAUGCCCGAACUAACCGAGAAGGGGGUCAUCGAGCUAUGGGAAGAUCGACUAAGUUGA